AUGGCUGCCGCGUCGACCGCGGGAUCGCUCGGGUUCGCGCGCGCGCCGUCCUCGAGCGCCGACGCGCUCCUCCCCCGGCGCAUUCAUGCCGCGAGCAGCGCGCGUCAAAGGGGGAGAGCGGCCGCGCUCCGCGUCGCCGCCGUCGCCGCGGACUGGCGCGAGAAGGCGAAGCCGAUCGCCCCCGGGUCGUCCUACCCCGCGAAGGAGCACUGCUCCAACUGCGGCCUGUGCGACACCUACUACGUCGCGCACGUCAAGGACGCGUGCGCGUUCCUCGGCGACGGCAUGAGCAAGAUCGAGACGCUCGAGCCGGUCGUGCACGGCCGCGCGCGCGACCUGUCCAGCGACGAGUCGCGCCUCGGGGUAGCGCGAGACGUCUUCUACGCUCGGAUGGAAGCUCCGGUGCGGGGCGCGCAGUGGACGGGCGUCGUGACGUCCAUCGCGAUCGAGAUGCUCGCGUCGGGCAAGGUGGACGGCGUGAUAUGCGUCGCGAGCGACGACGCGAACCCGAUGCUGCCCAAGCCGAUCCUCGCGACGACCGCGGAGGAGAUCCUGAGCAGUCGCGGCGUCAAGCCCGCGCUGUCGCCGAAUCUUUCCGUCCUCGCCGAGGUGGAAGCGCGAGGGAUUAAAAAACUGCUGUUCGUCGGCGUCGGGUGCGCGGUGCAAGCGCUUCGGUCGGUGGAAAAAUACUUGGGCCUGGAAGCGCUGUACGUCGUCGGCACGAACUGCACGGACAACGGGCGAAAGGAGACGCUGUCCAAGUUUCUCGACAACGCGAGCGAGGACCCGAAGACGGUGAUCCACUACGAGUUCAUGCAGGACUACCAGAAGGUGCCCUACUUUUGCCUCCCCGCGAAUAAGCUCAAGGACGUCAUCGCGCCGUCGUGUUACAGCUGCUUCGAUUACGUCAACGGCCUCGCGGACAUCGUCGUCGGGUACAUGGGCGUGCCGUGGAUGAACGUGGACAUGACCGCGCACCCGCAGUACGUCACGGUGCGAAACGAAAAGGGCGCGGAGAUGUUUGACCUGAUUCGCGAGCGCGCCGUUGUGACGCCGUCGGUGUCGUCGGGCGACCGACGACCGUUCGUGAUGCAGACGGUCAUCUCCGACGACGAGGCGACGUUGGGGAGAGGGCCGGAGGAGCCCGCGCCGAUCGCGGUCGGGAAGGCGAUCGCGUGGCUGCUCGAGAAGAUCGGCCCGAAGGGGAAAGAGUUUGGGAUGUACUCGUUGGACUACCACACGAUUCGGAAUUACCUCCACGUGAAGCGACGCUUCGGCGGGGAGGCGCGCGCGGCGGCGCACGUUCCGAAGUACGCGCGGUUGGUCGUGGACGAGUACAACGAGAACGGCGCGAUCGACGCGAGGCUGGCGAUGACGGGAACGCCCGCGGUGGGGGCGCCGCUGCCGAGGCCGGCGCCGUCGGGAAGGACGCCGGCGCCGGGCGUCGGCGGCGGCGGCGGCGGCGCGGGGGAGGGGACGUCUUCGCCGUUCGGAGGGGCGGAUCCGAGCGUCGUCGGCGCCGCGCUCGGCUUCGCGCUCGUCACCGCGAUCGCGACGAAACUCAUGGGGUCGUGA